UUUUUUUUCGCUACAGUGGGCAGAUCAGCAAACCCACUUCAAGUCCCAGGCGACCCAAACAGAAAAAGGUUUCCUUUCUUUGGGUGGCUCCCCCUCUCCCUUUAAGCUUUGCGCCCCUUGAGUCUAUCCUUUGCUUUUCUCAUUUUUCGUUUAAACAAACCUCCCUCCCUCCUUUUCGUUUCUGUCCAGCUGCCCCGUUUGGAUCUCACACUCUUUCGAUCCUGGCCGUGCCCUUGCCUGUGAUCCCCUCCCCCUCUCUGCGGUCGACCGCUCUCGAUCGUGCGACAUUCUGCCUCUUGACGUAACCGCACCUAUACUCUACUUGACCACGGCAGACUCGUACUGCCACGGGCAUUGAUUCGCGCCAUCAUGGCUAUCCAUGAUGUCGGCCUGGAAGGCCUUCAUCAGCUAUUCCAACGGAGCAGUGAUGAUCCGCAAAGCGCUUCGAACUCGGCCUCGGGCCUGGUCACGACCUUGGUCCCCUCUUUGAUCUCUGCCGCGGCCAUGGUAACCAUCUUCAUUAUUCUGCGACGCAGAGAAACUCGCAUGUACAUGCCCCGAACCUACCUGGGUGUUCUGCGCCCCUCGGAGCGUACUCCCGCUUCUCCUACUGGCCUCUGGAACUGGAUUUUGCAAAUGUACCGGCUGCCCGAUGAAUAUGUCUUGCAGCAUCACUCCAUGGAUGCCUAUCUCCUCCUGCGCUUCCUGAAGGUUGUGUCGAUGAUUUGCUUCGUGGGAGCUUGCAUGACCUGGCCUAUCCUGUUCCCGGUCAAUGCAACGGGCGGCGGCGGCGGUCAGCAAUUAGAUAUGCUGAGCAUGUCGAACGUCAGCGCCGAUAAGUAUGCUCGCUACUUCGCUCACGCAUUCAUUGCAUGGCUCUUUGUCGGCUUCGUCUUUUACACGAUCACCCGCGAAUGCCUGUUCUACAUCAAUCUGCGCCACGCUUACGCCCUCGCUCCGGCAUAUGCCAGCCGUCUCUCGUCUCGCACCGUGCUCUUUACUGCGGUCACCGAAGAUUACUUGAGCCGCGAAAAGAUUCGACAGAUGUUUGGUCCCGAGAAGGUGAAGAAUGUCUGGCUUACGACCAACACCAGCGAAUUGGACGAUAAGGUUGCCGAGCGCGAGGACGCUGCGAUGAAGCUCGAGGCGGCGGAGACGAAGCUCAUCAAAUUGGCCAACGCUGCCCGCCUGAAGGCCCUCAAGAAGCAAGGGUCCGUGGAGGAAGGUCAGAACGCAGGCGAUAGCCUUUGCGACGAUGACGAUGAGUCCGGCUCGGUUGCAGCUCGCUGGGUUCGACCCCAAGACCGCCCUACCCAUCGGCUUACAUUCCUGGUCGGUAAGAAGGUUGAUACCAUCAACUGGGCGAGAUCUGAGAUCGAGCGUCUUCAACCCGAGAUCGAGGAACUUCAGGCCAAACACAGGGAAGGUAAUGCGGACCUGGUGUCGUCUGUCUUCGUUGAAUUCAACGCCCAGGCCGAUGCUCAGCAGGCUUUCCAGUCUGUGGCCCACAACUACCCCCUGCACAUGGCGCCUCGUUACAUCGGCCUGGAGCCCACCCAGGUCAUCUGGUCCAACUUGCGCAUCAAGUGGUGGGAGCGACUCGUUCGUUACUCUGUGACCAUCGCAUUUGUUGUCGCUUUGAUUGUCUUCUGGGCCAUUCCCACUGCCGUUGUUGGCUGCAUCUCGAACAUCAACUUCCUGACUGAGAAGGUUCCUUUCCUUCGCUUUAUCAAUGACGUUCCAAGCUGGAUUCUGGGUGUUAUCACGUCUCUUCUGCCUACGGUCUUGAUGUCCGUACUCAUGGCCUUGCUGCCAAUUAUCCUCCGAUUGACGGCAAAACUCGGUGGCGCUCCUAGCUUGGCUGCCGUGGAAUUGACUACGCAAAACUUCUAUUUCGCAUUCGAAGUCAUCCAGGUUUUCCUGGUUGUCACUAUAUCAUCUUCCGCCUCUAGUGUCGUAUCCGAUAUCAUCAACGAGCCCACUUCCGCUGCGUCUCUGUUGGCUGAAAAGAUUCCCACCGCUUCGAACUUUUAUAUCUCUUACAUCAUCCUGCAAGGGUUGUCUUUCAGUGCCGGUGCUCUGCUGCAGAUCAGUGGACUGAUCCUCGGCAAGGUCCUGGGUCGGCUCCUGGACAACACGCCGCGAAAGAUGUACAGCCGUUGGUCCAACCUCGCUGGUCUGGGCUGGGGAACUGUGUAUCCUAUUUUCACCCUCCUCGCUGUCAUCGCUAUCGUCUACUCGUGCAUUGCACCCCUCGUGCUCGGGUUCGCCACCAUCGGCCUUUACCUCUUCUACUUCGCCUACCGCUACAACAUGCUGUAUGUGUCGAACGCCAACAUUGACACCCAGGGUAAGGCCUACGUCCAGGGUCUGAAGCACCUGACUGUGGGCUGCUACCUCCUGAUGGUCUGUCUGAUUGGUCUUUUCGCCAUCGCUACCGCUGCCGACAGCAUUGCCACUGGACCCCUGGUCCUCAUGAUCAUUCUGCUGAUCUUCUGUGUUCUGUACCACGUGGCCCUCAACAAUGCCCUGGAGCCCCUGAUCCACUACCUGCCCAAGAACCUCGAGUCAGAGGAAGAAGCCCUGCUGUCUCGCGAGCAGACCAAGGUGAGCCAGUCCGGUGAGGCGUCGGAUGACGCCGCCGGCGGCGGCUCCAAGGCACGCGACAGCGGCGUGGCCAACAUCGACUCCGCCGAACGGGGUCUGACCUCCGACGAGCCCCAGGCUAAGCCCAACUUCCUGCUCCGGUACCUUCGUCCCGACAGGUACGACAGCUAUGCGCACAUGCGCCGUCUGGUUCCUAGCGGACAGGAGAUCACCAAGUAUGACCCCGAGGUGGAGCGGGAUGCCUACUUCAACCCGUCCAUCAAGGCACAGGCUCCUCUGCUCUGGAUUCCUCGCGAUGAGCUCGGUGUCAGUCGCCAGGAGGUCAAGCACACCUCCCGGGUCAUCAAGAUCACCGACGAGGAUGCCUGGCUGGACGAGAAGAACCACAUCUGCUGGGACUUGGACAAGGGUGUUCCUCCGAUCUUCAAGGAGAAGGUUUACUACUAGAUACCCAGACGCAAGGAAAAGAGAAAAGAAAAAUGAUGUGUAUGGAUAUUCUACCGACUGUUGGAUGAUAAUGGUGAUGGUGAUGGUGAUGGGAGAAUAGUUUACAGAGAACCUUGAUACCCACGGAUUUGGAGGCCAUAAAAAAGUAUAUGGCUGGCUUCUGGAAGGUAAAGAUAAUACGGAUGUUCAUGUUUUAUUUCUAAUUAUACUAACUAAUUAUGAAUCUAAGUGUUGAGAAGAAGAAGAAAUGGCCGUGAUGUUUACAUACGUAUAUACAGGGUUACUAUAAAUAUCACAUAAUG